UUCCUCAAGCUUUCUGACUUUCUAGAAAGGUUUUUCAGGGAAAGGGAAUCAGUGUUAAAGAUUCCAUGAAUGCGCUGGAUCUUUAUCGUGUUGCUGACCAGGGCCACCUUGGCCACCGUUUGGAUACCAACCGUGGGUGGUCAUGCUUGAAUCACAAGUAGCCUUGCCUGUCUCUCUGGGUAAAAAUGCGUGGAGCAUGGUGCCUUCCUGGUGGUUUCCACUGGGUGCCUCUGUGUCUCCUCCCCUGGAAGCUGGAGGAUUGCCCUUUCUCUAGGAUGUGGGUCUCUCCUGGGGUCCUUGGCCAUUUGUUGGCCAGAUCCAGAGGAUCAGCUCUGCCUGGUCAGGGUGGUGUUUGUGGGAGAGGCUCUCAGGGAAGGGAGCAAAGUAGAAUGUGGGUCUUUGUGGCUCCGGUCAUCGGUUUCUUUACUGUUGGCAGCGCUCCUGAAGGCGCCAGGUCCUCGCUGCCCUCCUCAGCUGACCCUGCCCUCCUUAGCACCUCCUGGCAGGUGGCAGCCGGUGACCUCCUGGGUGUCCUGUCACCACCUCACCUAAAUGCUCUCCGGGGCCUUCCCAGACCAGUCUCCUCCCAGCGGGACCCAACCCUGUCAGCCUCAGCUUUCAGGAGCUGCCCCCGCCGCGCGAACAAUAUCCUUUCUAUUUGGAGUUGACUCCGCUGCCCUUUGGAGAUCCCAGCGCGUAACGUGAGCUGGAGACCAGCGUCGGGGAGGCGCCCACACGUGCCCGUCCCGUCGCGGUGUCUGGCCCGAGGCGGCCGCGCCUCCCCUCCGAGGUGGUCCCACGGCCUCUGCACCAGGCGGCCGCGCCCGCGACCUCGAGGCGGCUGCCCCGCUCCAUGGCAGCCCGGCUGGGUGCGCUGGCCGCAUCGGGGCUGUACAGGAGGCGCCAGCACCGGCAGAGCCUGCCGUCCGCCGCGGGCAACAUGUCAGAUGCCUUGGCCAAUGCCGUGUGCCAGCGCUGCCAGGCCCGCUUCGCCCCCGCCGAGCGCAUCGUCAACAGCAACGGGGAGCUGUACCAUGAGCACUGCUUCGUGUGUGCCCAGUGCUUUCGGCCCUUCCCCGAGGGGCUCUUCUACGAGUUUGAAGGCCGGAAGUACUGCGAACAUGACUUCCAAAUGCUGUUUGCUCCGUGCUGUGGAUCUUGCGGCGAGUUCAUCAUUGGUCGCGUCAUCAAGGCCAUGAAUAACAACUGGCACCCGGGCUGCUUCCGCUGCGAGCUGUGUGACGUGGAGCUGGCUGACCUGGGCUUUGUGAAGAACGCUGGCAGGCAUCUCUGCCGGCCUUGCCACAACCGUGAGAAGGCCAAGGGCCUGGGCAAGUACAUCUGCCAGCGGUGCCACCUGGUCAUCGACGAGCAGCCCCUGAUGUUCAGGAGCGACGCCUACCACCCUGACCACUUCAACUGCACCCACUGUGGGAAGGAGCUGACGGCCGAGGCCCGAGAGCUGAAGGGUGAGCUCUACUGCUUGCCCUGCCAUGACAAGAUGGGCGUCCCCAUCUGCGGGGCCUGCCGCCGGCCCAUCGAGGGCCGUGUGGUCAACGCGCUGGGCAAGCAGUGGCACGUGGAGCACUUUGUCUGCGCCAAGUGUGAGAAGCCAUUCCUGGGACACCGGCACUAUGAGAAGAAGGGCCUGGCCUACUGUGAGACCCACUACAACCAGCCUGGCAGCAGGGCCUGGGAGAUGCCUGAGAGGGGCUUUGUUGGAAGGCCAGUCCGGCGGCAUGAUGGCCCUGGCUGGGGAGUGACCGCUGGCAGCCGCUCUGACAGCCUACUCGGCCCGCAGCUUUUCGGGGACGUCUGCUACAACUGCAGUCAUGUGAUCGAAGGCGAUGUGGUGUCAGCCCUCAACAAGGCCUGGUGUGUGAACUGCUUCUCCUGCUCCACCUGCAACAGCAGGCUCACCUUGAAGAACAAGUUUGUGGAGUUCGACAUGAAGCCUGUGUGUAAGAGGUGCUACGAGAAGUUCCCGCUGGAGCUGAAGAAGCGGCUGAAGAAGCUGUCGGAGCUGACCUCACGCAAGACCCAGCCCAAGGCCUCGGACCUCAGCUCUGCCUGAAGACCCGAGCGCCCCUGACCGGCUGCAGCUCGGCCCCUCCGCCUUCUCCCCUCCUGCUGACGCGUGGCCCUUCGUCCCUGUCCACCUGCGGCCCUCUGCAUCUCACCCUCCCCUUCUCUUUACUCUUUGCCUCUUCCCUUCCUGUUCUCUCAGCUCUGCCUUCCCCAGGUCUCUCCUCUCCUUGGCUGUAGCUUCUUUCUGUGAGGAGGCAGGAGCUGGGGAGUGGGAGCCUGUGAUGGGCUGGGCCACGUCUGACAGCCACGUCCACCUGUGCCUGCAGCUUCUGCCCACAGACCUCCAGGGACAGGAGCAAAUUGCAUCACAGCUCCUGACCUGGCCCGGCCUGGCCCUGCCCAGGUGGCUCGGUAGCGCGUGCUGUCCUGUGUGAGCCUCCGCCCCAGAGUGGCCCCGCUAAGUACAUGUGGUUCCUGGGCUACCCACGGCCAGGGCAGCCUGUGGGAGCCACAGGGCCAGAGCCACUCAGAUGUAGGCCUCUGGGAGCCAUCCUCUUCUCUCACCACUCACUCAACCAGUGGCACAGUGUCCCUGUGCCCACACCGAGCCAGCAAGUCCUCUGUCCACACCCACAAGCUACCUGGAGGGAGAAGACCCACCUCCAUCCCGCAGAAGGCCUUCCUGGAAUCCCACCUUGGCUACCCACCUGGGUUCCCCUUCCCCUACCUUGGGACCUGUGUUGAGCCUUUGGGUGGGGCCAGGGGCCAGGAGGUGGUGGGGUCAGAGGUGGCUCGUUCCCACCUCCAGGGAGGACGCUUCGUCUGUGGCCAGUGCAGACCUGGUGCAGGGCUCACGCUUGCACAAUGAAGUCUUGUUCACACAA